GCUUCCGAUGAGAAACAGCUAAAUGUGCCCCGGCGAAUAACUGCAUGUAGAAUGGUUCCGUUUUGCAGUCACACAUUUUUUAAUUUUUUAGAAAUAUCUCACUUAAACACGACACAAAAAUGUAAUUCUUUCGUAAAAACCUGCUCUUUAACUGAUGAUACAAAUUAAACGUAUGAAUGGUAACAUCUUACUUUUUCUACUCUUUUCGAUCCUACCCGGAUCGAAUGAAAUGGACACCAGGAGACGGUUGCCAUAACGACAGAAAAACGUCAACGCGAACUUUUUUUUUUUAGUUGAAACCAACGUGUAGCUGGAGCUUGUAUUUUAAUUUUUUUUUUUAAAAAAAAAUCAUCAUAACAUAUCAUACAAGAUGAGUGAGUUCACAGAGUCUCUUCUCAAAUAUGACACUCCUGUUUCAAUAAGCAAAGGCACCGUUCGGAAAUCAGUCAAAGGGCGUCCAUUCAAAGUGAGCCCACAUCAGCCUGCUGACACCCCUGUGCCCCCUCCCCCUCAAACCAAAUCGGGGUCACCUGAAAGUGAGCAAGUCCUCAACGUCAUAUUUCCCCCCAGAGAGUGGACGGAGGGCAACGCCAUGUGGGCCCAACGAGUGUCCAGUACGCCAAGUACACGGGCCGACGUGGUCAAGCUGGAAGAGGCGCUUGACAGGAAGUUGCAGCAGAGGCGGGCCUUGGAAACGGGCAUCUGCCCCAUUCGCAGGGACUUGUACUCUCAGUGCUUCGGUAACUACGAAUGGUGGCAAUUUGACGACGCCACAGGAAGGAAGGCAGGCAGUCAGUCACUGCAGUACUUUUUUUUUUCCUUUUCUUUCUUUGGAGACGAGCUGAUCCGGCAGGUGAGCAUCAACUGCGUCGAGCGGGGCCUCCUGCUGCUGCGCGUCCGAGACGAGAUCCAAACGACCGUGGCCGCUUACCAGACCCUGUACGAGAGCAGCGUGGUCUUCGGGAUGAGGAAAGCUCUCCAGGCCGAGCAGGACAAGGAGGACAUGCGACAAAGAAUGAACGAUCUGGAGAAAGAAAAGGAGGAGCUGACCAUGCGGCUGAAUGCGCACAACGCCCAAUGCGUGGCCAAGGAGAAAAGGGAAGAGGAAAAACGGGAAGCGCAAGAAAAGAAGCACAUGGAGCAGAUUCACUUUUGGAAGAAGACCAACCAGCAGCUCAAGGCCCAGCUGGAAGGAAUUGUCACGCCAAAGAAGUAACUUCCAAACAUCAUUCAAAGUCUUGGAUUUUAUUGCUCUCCUUCAGCGCUUAGCUCUCUUGGCUUUUCUGCCCUCCGACGUUGGCGCUGGGCUCUCCAUCUUCU